AUGCCUCCUAAAAGAAAAUAUUUAUCCAGAUAUGCAAAACGCUUAAAGAAGAAAAAAGAUGUAGAGUUGGUUAAUUCUUUAAGGGGAAGUCUUGAUAGGUUCAUUACUAGGGAACCAGAAGGUUUGGGUGGACAUUUAGUUAAUGAAGAUGCAGAAGAGCUCACUGAUGGGGAAGAUAAUGUGGAAGAGCAUAUUGAUAGGGAAGAUAAUGUGGAAGAGCCCACUGAUGGUAAUGUAGUUGCUGAUAAUUUGGGUCAUGAUGAAAAUGAAAAUGGUACAGGACAUAAUGAUAAUGUGAAUGAUGCUUCUGUGAAUAUUUUUGACCCAAGAAAUUGGGAUAGUUUGGAUAAAAAGUUGAUAGAUUUGUUGGUAGAGAAGGGUCCUCUUAGAGAUCUUUCAAUAGAAAAUGGUCCUCCAGACAAGUUCAAUAGACGUUUCAGUUCAAAAUUCUACACUCGGUUUUUAGGAAAUGGAGAGAAAUAUGAUAGAGAGUGGCUAGUGUACUCAAGGGAGCUUGAUAAGGUUUUUUGUUUUUGUUGCAAGUUGUUUAAGAGGGGGCCAAUGCGAGGUCAGUUACCGAAUGAUGGGUACAAUGAUUGGGGUCACCUAAUUAGUAAAAGACUUAAGGAGCAUGAAAUGAGCACUGAUCAUCUCAUUAAUGCAAAUACUUGGACUGAUUUGCGUCUUAGAUUGCAGAGGCAUGAAACCAUUGAUAAAGCUUUUCAAGACCAGAUUAGGAAAGAGAAAGAACACUGGAGGAAUGUGCUGAAAAGAAUAAUUGCAAUUGUCAAAUUUCUUGCUAAAAAUAACUUAGCUUUCCGUGGAACUAAUGAGAGGCUUUAUGAACCUGAUAAUGGACACUUUUUGGGUCUAGUUGAAAUGGUGGCAGAAUGUGAAGAAGUGAUGGAGGAGCAUUGUAGACGCAUAAAUAGUUCUGAGAUUCAUCAUCACUAUCUUGGUCAUAACAUUCAGAAUGAGUUGCUGCAUAUGAUAGCUAUUGAAAUCAAAGCUGAAAUCAUAAAAACAAUUAAAGAUGCUGAAUAUUUCUCUGUUAUUCUUGAUUGCACACCAGAUAUUAGUCACCAAGAGCAGAUGUCAUUGAUACUUAGAUAUGUGAAUGCUUCAAAGAGUCCAAUACAAAUUGAAGAGUUCUUUGUGGAGUUUUUAAAUGUACAUGACACUUCUGGUCAGGGACUAUUUGAAGAGCUGCAGGCUGUGGUACAAUCAUUGGAUCUCGAUAUUAACAAUGUGAGGGGACAAGGAUAUGACAACGGGUCAAAUAUGAAAGGUUCUACAAAGCGAUGGCAGGUUUUGAAGGACAACCUAAAAGGAUUCACUCUCAAAUCAUUAUCCACUACGCGUUGGGAGAGUCGUAUUGAAAGUGUUAAGCCUCUACGAUUCAACGCCGUUGAAAUAAGAGAAGCAUUACUUCAAUUGGCAGAAAUUGACAAGGAUCCCAAAAUUAAAAGUGGUGCAAAGUCAAUAGCAACUAAUGAUCUGGGAGACUUUGAGUUUUUGCUAAGCAUGGUGAUUUGGUAUGAAAUUUUGUUUGCUUUUAAUAGGGUUAGCAAAGUGCUGCAGUCUCAUGAUAUGCAAAUUAGUGUUGCUAUAGCUGAAGUAAAAGGUCUAAUUGCUUGGCUUGAUAAGUUUAGAGAAACUGGCUUCACAGAUGCAAUAAUUACUGCUAAAGAAAUUGCUGCUGCAUUAGAUGUUGAUCCUGUUUUUCCUGAAAAGCGUCAAAUUCAAAGAAAAAGAUUUUUUGAUGAAAGCAGCAGUGAGCCAUCUCCAUCAUCUUCAAGUGAGGAAUCUUUUAGACUACAUUAUUUCUUAUAUAUUAUAGAUCAAGCUAAGGGGUCAUUAAAUAGAAGGUUUGAACAAUACCAACGUUAUGAUGAUAUCUUUGGAUUUUUAUUCACUUCUGAAACUUUGAAUUCCUUGAAUGAUAAUGAUUUGAAAGCUGCUUGUAUUCAUCUUGAGACUGUUUUGAGAUAUGGAGAGAGUUCAGAUGUUGAUGGGGAAGACAUGUUUAGAGAGUUAAAACUCUUAAGGGAGAUAUUACCCAAACAGAAGAUGACAGCUAGUGAUAUAUUGAAUUUCUUACUGGAAAGGAAUAGCUGCCCAGUUGUUAGACUUGCAUAUCAAAUAUUGUUAACUGUGCCUGUUACUGUUGCUUCAGCUGAGAGGAGUUUUUCCAAGUUAAAGUUAUUGAAGUCUUAUUUGCGAUCAACUAUGUCACAAGAAAGGCUAAAUGGACUCGCUUUGAUUUCGAUUGAGAAUGAAUAUCUUGGAAAAAUCAAUUGUGAUAAGCUAAUUGAUCAGUUUGCAGGGAAGAAGGCAAGGAGAUGGAUUUUCAAAUGA